CGCGGCGUCGGCCCCGGCUCCGCCCCCGAGUAGGGACCUACCGCGGGCGCGGCGGCAGCGGCCUGCGGCCGGCGGUGUAGACGCCCCUUCCCGGGACCGGACCCGCCGGCCGGAAGAAAAGUUCCUGGAGAAAGCAAGGCUGCACAGGCCAAGGACUUAAACCCGAGUGUCUGGCUUCUGUUGCAGGGUGUUUCGUGUGGUGCUAUGCGGCCUCCCAGGCUCCUGAGUGUAGAAGCCAGACCGGGGCUUGACGCCGUGUGACGGGGUGGAACUCGGUGUUGAAGAAGAGAAGGAAGAGCCUGUGGACUCUGCGUACUUUUGACUGACAUCUGCAGCUCCAUGGCCCCAGGCCAGAAGUGAGAACAGUGCCCAGGUGUCAGCAGGUGCUGGAACUUUGGAUCACUGCCUUCCCAGCAGAGCAGCAGAAAACAGAAUGAAGAUGAGACGCUGACCAGCUCUGGGACCUUAGAAAAGCCACACGGCUUCUCCAGAUCUAUUGUCUUAGAAGCAGCAGACAAUUGAAGGUGUACUUUGAAUAGUGUCAAGUGUUAACCUGCAGUAGCAGAGAAUUGGAAGCAAUCCUAUUUUGGGAUCGUGUGCCUACUGUGGUCAUAUAUAAAAAAGAUAAGUAUGCUCCCAGGAAGUGGCUGCUUCCCCUUCCAAUCACAGAACAUAUUGAAGGAUGCCGCCUAACGGUUUUAUCAUAUCAAGUCUUUUCUGGAUUUAAGUGGACAUUUUCUGGAAAUGCAAAUAAAGAAGAUGAAGGAUAUCGGACAGCAGUUAUAUACUACGCAAGUGAAUGACAGACACAUUUCCCUGACCAUGUCGCCCAAACAGCCUAAUGCUGACAGAGUGACUCGACUAGACAGACAGGAAGCUCAGAGCCUUUUGUAUCAAGGCUCAGAGGCAGAGGCUGCCAUGAUGACCAUUGCUACAUGUGUGAAGUGCAAAAGUGUUCACAAAAUCCCUCUUCAGGAUUUGAAAGAGGGUGCCGGACAAAGCCAAAAGGAAGACAAAUAUGUUUGCUUUAAAUGCAGCCUUGGUGUUGCUCCACCCCAUCUUCAUUUUGUGAACAGUAAUCCCAGUGCUGUUCAUGUAGGAAAUAAAACUGAAACCAUCUCAAGUUCUGUCAGUAACAAAUUUAAGGUAAGGAACUUUAAACCAGGCAAAUACUAUUGUGAUAAAUGUCGAUUUUCCACAAAGGAUCCUUUGCAAUACCGGAAGCACACACUUCAACAUGAAGAGAUUAAAUUCAUCUGUUCUCACUGCAACUACAUUUCCUACACAAAAGGGGAGUUUCAGAGGCACUUGGUGAAACAUACAGGCAUAUUCCCUUAUCAAUGUGAGUAUUGUGACUAUGGUGCUAUUAGAAAUGAUUAUAUUGUCAAACACAGGAAAAGAGUACACGAGAGGGCUGGUGGAAAGCGGCCCCCCAAAACUGUGGCCAAGCUGGAGCCAAAAAGAAUCAGCACAUCAAAACAAAAUGCAGAGCUUUUAAAAGCUUCCCAUCCAAGGACUACAUUUCAAAACAAGUUAUCAGAUCAACUUUCAAGGUUCUCCCUCCUGACAGAUAAAGACAAAAUGCACAAUAUUACGCUGUUACCUGAAUCAAAGGAAUACCAGAAGGAUGUGGUGUGUAUUCCAAAUAAAGUGACCCUGUUGGAGCCAAAUGAAGUCAGUCUGUUUGAGAACAAAAGCGUGGAGGUGGAAGUGUUAUCCCCCGCAAAAGAGCCGGUGCAGCCGGGAAUGCCGCUAACAGUUGUGGCGCCUGCAGAAUUAGUGGUCCCGGCAAACUGUUUAGCCCAGCUGAUAGAUGUGAAGGUUGUCAAUGGAACCCAGCAGCUUGUUCUGAAACUGUUUCCUCUUGAAGAAAAUAAUUGCCUUGAAGCUGGUGGGGGAGAUGGGGGCAAUUCUGAGUAUAUAACUAAGGAGAAGGGUUCAAAGGAACACGGACACAUGGUUUCUGCAGAACAAACGAAAUCACUAAUGAUUGAAGGGAAUGUUGGAAAGUUCGCAGGCAUUGGGAAUCUUCAAUCAUCAGUUCAGAAACAACUUCAAAAUGUGAAAUGGGUAAGGCCUUAUGAUUUUUUCAAGUCAAAUUCUAGUUUACACAACCAUGGGGAAUCCCUUCUCAACUUUAAUACAGUUGCAGAUUGGCAAAAAAAAAGUAAUAUAUAUACACAUAGAACUGCUUUUCCUUCUGUUGCCUUAAAAGGUCAUUCUCCAUCAUCUGUAGUAAAAAACAGCAUUUUCUGUGGUCUUGGAACUGCAUCUAACCCUUUUCCAUAUAAAGCUGCUGUUCCUUUUACUGAACAUGGAAGAAAUUUACACAGUGACUCACAGCAAUUAUUUCCUCUUGCUGCAUCACCUGCAACCAUUUCCUUCUCUGGAGAAAAGGGCUUAUUGCCUGUUAGUAAAAAUGACAUGGAAUCUAGAAAUGAAAUCAGUAUUCCUAUAAAAAUGGUUCCGUCUAAUAGAAAGCUGAAAGACAACCAGGCAGAGGAACACAAGGCCAUUUCACAUAGAGACCACGUUUCUUCUCAACACAAAAAUGAGUAUUUACACAUAAAUUUUACAGGAGAAGAUAGAAUCAGACCUCAGCAGCCUGCAGAUAAACCUGUGGAAUUAAAGAAUUCUGACAGGACUAAUGACUCUUUCGAAGGCCCAGUCAUCUCAUCAGUAUUUUCUCUGAGCUCUGGAUCUGAAAAUGUCCCUGAGGGGGUUAAGUGGAAUAGUUCAACAUCUAAAAUAAAGUCAAUUGAACUCUUGCGUAGAAAGAUAGCUCAGCUAAUUGAAUCCUGUGGCAAACCUUCAUCUUUGGCUGCAAGUAAUGCACAUCGUCGUUGUGCAGGGCAGACAUCGAAGGUAACUUCGAAAGCUACCCCUGAAGGUAUUCAAGAAAUCAGUGUGUCAUUUACUGGUGCUGGCUAUUCCAGGGGCGUGCUCCAGAAACCUCACGGUGAUGGUGGUGGUAACGGACAGCUUGCUCGUCAGCAAACGUAUCCACAGUUUGUAGAAGGCAGCAGCAGGGAAACUGAAAGCAGAGUGACCAGGAAGGCUCAUGCUGCUGCUCCAGUAUUGAUUCCCAAAGGGGCUGUGUUGAGGGUUCUUAAUUCCUCUGAGGAUGCGCACAUUAUAGAAGCUACAUGCGAAGCACCUGUCAACAUACCUUGCAGUGAGACACAGUUAAUAAAACCCAUUCCAUUCUGCUCAACAAAGCAGACAGAGUCAGACUUACAGCCCUUGACAUGUGAAUAUGGGCCAAUAGACAUGUCCCAAAAUCUUGAUACAUCUCUUCAGCCUAAACCAAGAAAAGAGAGUGCUAUUUGGAGCACCAUGCCUAAAAAUACUGGCCCCUUGCACGGACCACAAGGAAGCAGUGAACUGAGUAAGCAACGGAAAAUGCUUUCCACAAGUCUUCCUAUAAGUAAAACUAAAACCAAGCAAGUAAAUUCAUCCAAGAAGAAAAGUAGACUUUUGGCUGAUCCCAGCCGCUGUCUCAAGGAUCCUUCAAUCUUUCAGGUUGCAAGACAACUUCGACUGAUAGCAGCUAAGCCAGACCAGUUGAUUAAAUGCCCACGCCGGAACCAGCCUGUCAUUGUGUUAAACCAUCCAGAUGUUGACUCACCAGAAGUGACCAAUGUGAUGAAGGUAAUAAACAAGUACAAAGGAAAUGUCCUCAAAGUUGUCUUAUCAGAGAGGACCAGGUGUCAGUUGGGCAUUAGAAGGCAUCAUGUUCGGCUGACCUACCAGAAUGUGGAGGAAGCCAAUCAAAUAAAAAGGCAAAUGAUGUUGAAAAUGAAACUGAAAAAAGUUCAUAAAAAUAACUACCAGGUGGUGGAUUCCUUGCCUGAUGAUUCAUCACAGUGUAUAUUUAAGUGCUGGUUUUGUGGGCGGCUUUACGAAGACCAGGAAGAGUGGAUGAGUCACGGCCAGCGGCAUUUGAUAGAAGCAACUAGAGAUUGGGAUGUUCUUUCUUCGAAGGGCAAAUAAGUAAAAAAUUGGCCUCUGAAGCAAAUUGUUUUCUUACUUUUAGGUUAUUCUGGUUUGGGUUGUUUUGUUUUUUUCCCUCACUGACUCAGUAGGAGAAAAGCAGAUUGUAGUGAUGGAAGGUUCAUUAGUUUCUUCAGAUCCCUUGUAGGAAUGUUGAGAGCCAGGGGUCCUAACCUGAGACACAUGAGUGGACCUUGGAAGGUACUUGAAGCCCCUGAAAUAAUGCGCACAAAUUUAUGUAUAUGCAUUUUGCUUGAGUGAAGGGAAACUUUCAGGUAUUUUCAGUAGAAGCUGAGACUUUUCUUUGUUUAGCACCCCUUUUUCUGAGUAGAUAGUAAGCUUUAGUAAUCCAUUCAGAGGGGCCAGGUCAGUGUUUUACACGUGAUCUUUAUAUAAAAAUGCUACUGAAGAGUUAAACCCAUGUUUUGGUGUAUACAUCCUUUUUUUUGCAUUAAUUUACUGAAUAUUUGGUACAUAAUGGGAUUUAUAUAUUCUACUUUGUCAGUUAUCUUAAAUUUUGUUAUACAAAGUGGCCACUCUUAAAUCCCUCACCCACUCUGCAGUCUUCAUAAAGUGUUCUAUGUGGCAUAGAGAGUUGUGCUUUUUGGCCAUUCUAAAGAAUGAGUCCAGGGGUUUGCCUGAAUUUACUAGUUCAACAGCAGGUGUUAGGGAAAGAAUAAAACAUUUUCAAGCUUUUGCUUGCUUUUUAAAUAUCUUGACUUAGGAUAGGUGGGGAGGGAAUGUACCUUUUUGCAAAAAUGGUCACAGGGAAAGUAUCUAAAAGGAAGUCUCCUGUUUGCUCUUACCAUUCCCACAGACAUAAAGUAAGUAACCUUUUUUAAAUGUGAAUGAACAGGCUUCUCACAACAUAUAAAAGCUUGGGAGACAGAUCCAGGGAGGGCUGUGAGGGAAGUGUGGCUUCGUGUAGUUCUCACUUGGGAACUCAUCCACAGGUGGCGGGGAAGGCUGCGCACGCCACCCUUUCCUUAGGGCCCAGACCCCACCCCAGGUCACACCCCACUCUCUCUCUGCCAGUUUUCAACAGCCUGCUCUGGAAUAAGCUCCCUACUCACCUCCUGUCCCUUUCCUUUGGUGCCCUUGAGGCCCCUUAAGGUUUCCCUCAUGAAAAAAUACUGGAACUGAGAAGAAAUCAACAAAAUGGAAACAUCCCACCAUCUUUGUUAGGAUUACGGGAGCGCACGCCUGGUCUUGUUGAUAGUAACAGUCUGCUUGUAAUUUCUCUAGUCAGAGCCGUGCUUUUCCCACUUACUGCUCACCUUUCCCAGGAAGCAGCUCUGAGAACGCUCCUGCUCCCCUCGAUACCAACACUGUCGAGCCUGGUGCUGGUGUAGACGGCACCUCAGAGUGCACUGGAGAGGGCCUCCCUCUGCACCUGGGCAGGUGGGCAGCGCGGCAGGUACAGCUCAGAAGGGAUUUGGGCCCUCCCUCACCUGCAGCCAGCCAGCCAGCCAGCCACCAACCCGCAUGAAGAACAAAUGGCACAGCCACCGGGCGGCCAGGCGCCUGUGUUUCCUCCCUUCAAGGACGGCCCCUCCCUUCAGGAACCUAGUCGGUGAGUCAAAGCGGCGCUGUCCCAUCUGAAAAAGACCAGUGAGACUUCUGUUGGGAAGUGAGCUGGAGACUUCCUGAUCUUCUCUUCCACGUGGGAAAUUCAGAUUAUGCUCUGAUAGUGGGGAUUGUAAUUCUUUGUAGUUGGUUUGCAUUACCGAUAAUCAACAUUUCUUGUGUAUAAUUCAAUACAUAGCCAUUAAUUAAAUUAUUAGUUUUUACUGAAAUUUAAAAUUUAGGUUUUUUUAUAUGUGUAUAAAUGUGUGUACACAUAUACGUAUUUUUUACCAUAUGAAAACUUCAGUAGCUAAUUUUCUCAUUUCCUAUUUUAUAAUGAGAUUAUGUGGGCUGGAAAAUAUAAAAUGUUUUAUAUUCUAGAAAUUUAUUUUGGAAGCACAUUUUUAUAACGAUCUGUUCUCAUUUGUAGAAAAUGAAAGCACAGUAAGUGAUGGGUCUGAUGUGUAUGAACAAACAGGAGUCGAAAACCGCAAGCUCAUUUCGUUACAGUAUUUCAUCCCUGUGCAUUUCUAGUCAGUGUUCUUGGGAAAUGGGUUUUGUGUACCAUUUGACCUACAUAAAGGAGAGCAUUCUGAAGUGUUACUCACAGAUCUGUGCCCCUCCGGCACGAAACAGGGCUCCUAAGAUGUUGACAGGAGAAGAUACUGAUUUUCAUUUUUUUCUCCUAUACCUCACUGCUUAGUAGCAUCUUUCCUGAAAGGCUAGACCAUGACCUUUCAGGAGAGAUGAGCAUGAAUCAGAUCAGAGUGUUAAAUGUCAACAUAAAACAUUUACACUUUGCAGCAUCAACUAUUUUUCAAGUAUUAACUAGAACUCAGCUUAAAACUUGUACAGAGCUAAAUUUUGGGGGUAGAAAAUGUAGCUAAGCUUUUUGGGAUUUUCAGAACUACAGUUCUUUUUAAGAAAUCUGGGCUUCUGAAAGUCAAAAAAAAUGAGAAAGCAAACAAUGGCUGUCUUCCGUAUAUAGAGAACUUCAGAAAAUAACACAUAGGUAGAUGUCAUGAGACAAAAAAUGAUUUCUGACAGAACUGGAGAGGGUAGGGGCAAAAGUGUGUGAGGAUUUUUGAGCUCUCUCGAUUUUAAAGGCCCUCUCCACACUAAAUUUUUAUUAAUAGUACUUAUAAAAUAAUUUUUAGAAAAUUUUUCUUACUUUUGGGGAUCAGAAAUGAGAUAAUCUUGUUAAAUUUAUAAUAUGACAGAGUGAAAAUUUUAAAAACUCAAAUACACUGUAAUAGAUCCUGUUUUACUCAGAUUUUUAUCCCCAGCCCAGAAUAUUUUGUGAGCCCUGUUAUGGGCUAUUUGUUGAGCUAAACUGAACACGACGUAUUAAGCCUCAAAAGCUCCGGCCCUCUUCUUUUGGACAUACUGUGUAAGCCCCCCGGAAGAUGAAGAUGUGAUAAGUGCUUGGCCUUUGAGAUUUCUGAAUCCGUACAUGUCAAUAUGAGCAGAAAACAAAAUACUGCAUAACAUGUUUUAACCAUUAUUGUAAGUCCUGUGUUAACAGUUUCUGUGUUGGCUGCUCUGGUUUUGAAACACGUUUGUUUAUAGAUAUAGAAGUUGGCAUAAAUUUUGUUAAAUAAAGCAACCGUAAAAUUU